AAAGACAUUGAUUCGCAGUAAAAAGAUCCCAUAAGCGAACGGAUACAUCGACAAACUUCGCAGAACCCACUCGCAUUACCUUUUUGUUCGGUUUAGUGUCACUUUGAAUCGUGGGAUCCCAGCAAUCCUUGCCUGACAUUUUCUGUACUUGACCCUUGCAAAUAUUCAUUUUAGGCUCUGAAUCAAAAUUUCGAUUUUCCAUAAAAAAAAUUCCAAUUUCAAAAUUCCCAGCAAUGGUCGUCGGUAGUGGUUUACACAGAUCAAAGCCCAAGGGCAAGGCCAGUAGCUGUGGUGCUAUCAAUCGCCUGCCCUUGCGGACAAGUGGUAUCUCGGCGAUCGAUUCGACGGCUCUGAAUGCGCGGCGCAUCAGCCGCAAUCCCCGCUCCGCAGCGGGGGCCCUGGCGCUGGGCGGAAGGAUUGCUGGGAGCCUGGGAGCUGCAACGAUGGGCAUCAACACGGGACGCGUCUCCACUUUGGGAAUUGGGGGUGCGGGCACGGGCGCCCAAACCCCGAAGCUGCUGUCGGCCAACGGCCAAGAGUUCCAACGAUCGCCUCCACUUCGCAGGGGAACAGUCUCUGCCGUACAUACCCCCCUUACGUCUGUUGCCAAAGUUCCUUCUGCCAAGACGUGCUCUAGUGCCAGCGCCCCGAACAUAGUGUCCGUCCAUUCGGCCCUCAAGAAGAGCUCGCUGUCACGCAAGGUGGGCGGCGGCAAGGUCAUCGACGCCAGUGCCAAGCGUCGGGUCAAGUUCUCGGCCAAUGUGCAUACCUUCCCCUUGACACCCACCAAGAAGUCGUCGCGCAUCGGCGAACUGCAGCUGAAGAAGCGCGUGAAGAAGCUGAAGCGUAAUCGAACGCGCAAGGAGGGCGGCAGUGGCAUCCUCAGCGAAGGCCGCGUUGGCUUUGGCCUGAGCAGCAUCGGCAUCGCAGGAUCUAGGUCCGGUCAUGACGUCAAACAGCCCGGCAACAUUGUAAAUGUGCAAGCGGCGCCAAGGAUUCCCAGGAAAAGGCUUGCUGCUGCAUCAGGAUCAAGAGCACAUCCCAUUAGUGUAAAAAAGAGGAUUGCAACUCCUCCAUCGGCAGCACUAUUUAAUACCAGGUAUCCGAGUGGCAGCGUUAUAUUCAGCGCCGCUAAGGAGAAGGGACGUUGUCCUGCGAAGGGACAGGCCAACAGCAAGCUGCGUACAGCAACCCCCUCCCGUCUGGGCCACACUCCAGUCGCAGGUGUCCACCGCAGGAAGACCACUCCGGAGACCAGUCCAAAGAGCGCUCAUCGACGCAGCAAAAGCCAUGGACAAGUCCGAGGGGGGCGAGCAACCGGAGCGUCAUAACCAGAAGCGCCGUCUAGAUUUGGAACAAGACACGGCGGAUAUCGUCGAUAGCAGUCCAAAGCGAAAGCCCACGCCAGGGGAUACCAAGCCACAUGAUACCAAGGAAUUCCCGUUAAACGUUCCUGUUGCUGUGCCAUCGAAGCGGGCGGUAAACAUCCCUCCUACCCCCCCAACACACAAGAACACAACGACAGCGAGGGAUCACUCUCUUUUUCUGUACCAAACACAUAUUUACGAAUCGAAUGGGUUAGGAAUUUUUGGCUGGGCGCCCAGUUGAUGCCACUGCAACUGUGGCAGUUCUGGCUGUGACACACAACAACAUCAACACUCGGCGGAGACCAAACAUCGAGAAAAACUUGAUAAAGCAGUCGAAUAGAAUAAUAAAAGAAACCGAAACGAGAAAAACUGAUUCGAAAAAA